CAUGAAAAGGCAUGAAGUGUCAAGAAGUCAUCGCACGCGGGUGCCUACCAUCGUGCCGUCGUGGCCACCAACCCACUCGCGACUUUGAGCUUGUGGGAGUGAUCAUGAGUCUCGAGAGGCUGAGAUCAUACCGUCUUGAACUUGAAUCGCAGUAAUUUGCGCGAAAUGGAGCUGCUAUGACCAACAUGCAUCGAUGUCACUCCCAUCCCUCUCGCGAUACGAACACUUUGCGCUAAUAUAUAACAGCAAUCACUCGGAUACAAGCAGACCCUGCAUCGACAAUGGAAGUUCUUUGAAAGCUUCGCAGCCAGUUUCGGUACGACAAGCAAUUGCCUCAUGUCAGAUCCCUGUAUUGAUCGAAUACCCAGCUGCGCUUUACUCCGUCGGUGGAAUCCGCACAACAUUCACGAUCGGUGUUGGAGCCGGUGGCCCCGCCGCCUAUUGGUCGAGUUAUGUAGUCACAUGCAUCUUUGUUAUGAUUACCGCAGCGAUGCUGUCAGAGAUUUGCUCUGCACUUCCUGCAGCCGGCUCCAUCUACUUCUGGGCUGCUGAAGCUGGCGGCAAACGCUAUGGUCGACUAUUCGGCUUUAUUGUGGCCUGGUGGAGCACUACGGCAUGGACUACCUUCAUUGCCACCAAUUGCCAGGCGGCAGCCAAUUUCAUGCUCUCAGAGAUCCAAGUGUUCGGACUGGACUUUCCCACAGACACUGACGACAUCCGCUUUCGUGCUGUCCAGUGGAUCGUGGCAGAGGUCAUUCUGUUUCUCUCGUUGAGCGCGAAUUACCUAAGUCCCAAGUCAUACAGCACCAUCUUCCGUGUCGCAGUUGGUGUCAUUUUGCUCGACUUCUUUUUGAACGUCAUUUGGCUGCCCAUCGCCGUCUCCAAGACGUACGGAUUUCAGGAUGCGACAUAUGUUUUCACACAGACCUACAACAACACUGGUGCUCCUCCCGUGUGGAACUGGAUGCUAAGUUACUUCGUCACAGCAGGAGUUCUGGUUGGAUACGAAGCAUCUGGUCACAUUUCAGAAGAAACCAAAGAUGCAAAUUUGGUAGCCGCACGAGGCAUUUUCACGUCAGCUGCAGCAUCGGCGCUAAUUGGAUUUCCCCUGGUCAUCCUGUUCCUAUUUUGCCUGCCUGAUCUUGACGGACUCAACGCUCUGUACGAACUGAACAUUCCGCAGCCUUUUGUUGCAAUCUACGCCAUGUCUAUGGGCAACGGCCAUGUCUUCAUGAACGUGGUUUGCAUCAUCGGACUUAUGUUCAAUACAACUAUCGCCGGUGUAGCCAGCUCUCGGCUUAUCUGGGCCGUCGCACGAGACGGUGUGCUUCCCUACUCCGGUUGGAUCUCGCAGGUCUCGGACAAGAAAGAGCCCAGAAACGCCGUCAUCGUCAUGCACGUCGUCGCCGGAUUGAUCCUUUGCACCAUUCUCGCCUCUCCUGUGGCUUUCACGUCCCUGGUUAGCGCAGCUGGUGUCCCAACAAUCACCGCGUACGCACUCAUCGCAUUUGGUCGAGUAUUCCUCACACCGAAGAGCUUCACAAAUGCUCGCUGGUCACUCGGCCGCUGGUCUUGGACUGUGAGCUGCAUUGCGCUGGUCUGGAACACAUUCCUUGCUUGUGUGCUCUUCUCGCCUUUGAUUUUCCCUGUGACUGGAGAUACUUUCAACUACUCUCCAGUCAUCUUCGCCGCCAUCACCCUUUUUGGAGUGUUGACCUGGUACUUCACCCCGGAGAGCAAGUGGUUGCCUAGUGCAAGAAUUGGGAAAGUGCUUGACGACGAUCUCGCGGGAAAUACAGCAUGCAUUUGAGCAGUCCUCGCUGCAGCCGCGUAUAUUGCAACAGGAUGCAAUAUUGUAACAGGAUGCAUUGAAGUUACCAAAACUAGGUCUUGAUGUUGCCUCACUGGAUAGAGGGUGUGGGUCUGCGAGCUAGAGGUG